AUGUUGUAUGUUCUAAAUGGCUCGUUUUAUCCAUAUGAACUCCACAAAGCCAUCGAAGAUGAGUACAAGUUAGUUCCUGGUGAACAACAAGAUAUACACGAAAUCUUUACAAGACUUUGUUCAUCAGGGACCCAAAACAUGAACGAUUUCAUUGCCAUACAUUUUCAAAGCGGUUGUCAGUUUACGAAAACAUGCAGAGAAUGUGUUAAGCACGAUGAUCUCCCACCAGAAACACGUACAACCAUCAUUGUGCCUGUCUUAAAUGGCAUACAAGAUUUGGAAAGGAGCAUCGUACAUUCUAUGAACGAUGAUCACGUUCCUAUUCAAUGUAGCUCUUGCGCAAAAGUUACUGUGAAUAAACUUUCAGGGAAAUUUGUAUUUCUACCUCAAACAUUAGUCAUAGGAUUUAAUAGAUUUCAACAGAAAAGUGGAAUCACAAAGAAGAACCACUCAAGAGUACAGUUACCACUGGAACUUCAUGUGGUAGGAAACAUGCCAUGCCAAUACAGUCUUAAAGCAUGCGCCCUACAUCAUGGGAUGCACAUUCACAAUGGACAUUACACAGCAGUUAUUUUCGACAAUGAUAAGAUUAUAGAAAUCGACGAUCACAUUGUCAAAGAUGUGACUGAUGGUUGGAUAUCUAACGUACAAUCUACAGUGUAUUUGGCAUUUUAUACCAAGAAGUAG